CGACUAUCAAGUCUUCCUCUUCUCCACAGUAACUAACACCUCCGCUUUUUUCUCUCUCUUUCUAUGCUCAGCAGAAGUUGGGAUUUUCCGCUCUUCGAUUUUCUCCCUCUCCCCCUUUUUUUUCUUUUCUUUUUUCCUGCCAUCCAAACACGCCCCUUAUCCCCAUGGUCUUUCAAUUUUGAAUACAGAAAAAAAAAAACAAUGGAAAAAAUAAAUUAAAAAAUAUACUUAUAAGAACCCUUCAAAGCAAACGUGUUGCGUUCUGGGUUUCUUGCAGAGGAGGAACUGAAGAGCUUUAAUUGCUCUGAACUGCAGAGCUAGAAUUGGCCUUCUGAAGGGUUUUAACAGAAAUCUAAUAGUAAAGGGUAUGGCAUCUCUCGGAAACAUGAACUCAGAACCACCAGAAAUCGAACAAAUAGUCACUGAAUUCUUUGCGAAAAGUCUCCACAUAAUACUGGAGUCGAGGUCUCCUUAUGCGUCCUCAAGGAAUUACAGUGGAGACCCAACUAUAUCUCCUUCUUCUUCAUCCUCCUCCUCCUCGAGUGUGAGGCCACGAGAUAAGUGGUUUAGAUUAGCAUUGCGGGACUGCCCAGCGGCACUAGAGAAUAUUGAUUUCUGGCGCCAAAGCAAUCUUGAACCAAUGGUGGUGGAUGUGAUUUUGGUUCAGCGACCACAUGACUGGGACCCAAUAAAUUGUAUUCCAAGGAGGGAUCUUCUUAGGAAUACUUCAUUGAAGGAGCAGUCUCGAAAUUCUUGGGGUUCUGAGCAGGAAGAGUUUGGGUGUGUGGCAAAGAGUGAAAAGAUCAUAGAGAGAUGGGUAGUGCAAUAUGAGAGUCGAAAGAAUAGUAGUCUGGGGAGUAAGAGAUCGAGUAAUUCAAAUUCACACAAUUUACUUAAGAUACAGCACACAUUAUAUAAGAAAUCGAUAAUACUAUUGAGGUCUUUGUAUUUAACUGUUAGGCUUUUACCUGCAUACAAACUAUACCAUGAUCUCAAUUCCUCUCAAAUUCAUGCAUUUACUCUUGCUCAUCGGGUAUCUUCUAUUAUUGAGCCUUUCACUGGUAGAGAAGAAGUAGAAAUGCAGCGAUUUUGCUUCACCCCUGUGGACACUUGUUGUGGUAGGCUCUGUCUUUCUGUAUUGUAUCGUGCCUCACUCUUGGAUGUGAGUUCUGAACCAUCGACCCCCAUGUCCCCACAAGUUAUAGCUGAUUAUGUUGGAAGUCCAAUGGCGGAUCCCCUUAAGAGAUUUCCAUCCCUUCCCACGACAUGUUCUCCAUCUUCGGCACCAUUCUCAAGGCGGCAUAGUUGGAGCUAUGACCUUUAUAGAGCUUCGCCUCCUUCAGUUUCUUUCUCACCUUCUCCUACACAUUCAGAGUCUCGUGCUUCAGUUUCUAACCCUGCUUCCCGGCGUCUCCCGCCUAUGAGCUUGCCUCCUCAUCCACCUGAAAUGUCUGCAGCUCACCACAAGAAUACAGGUUUUGACGAGUAUUGGCCUUCCCCAACAAUUUCUCCCCCCUCCUCUGCAUCGCCACCAACAAAUACUCUGGGUAGUCAUCUGCCAAAAUCACUUUUACGUUCUGAAAGUGCUCCUGUUAGCAUACCUGCAACCAAGCCUGUUAAUACUCCUGCUUUGCCCUACAAACAUAAUUUGCCUCCCUCUCCUCCUCUUAAAGGUGCUGGGUGCAGUAAUUCUAAGACUGAUAGAAGGACAUGUCAAAUUCGAACUGGUACAACAGUUGAUAAGAUCUCUAUUGGGAAAGAUGAAACUGGAAAAAUUUCUGGGUUGAAGAUAUCAUCUGGUAGCUCACAACCGGUUUCGGUUUCCCGAAGCUCCAGUAGGUUGUCUCUCCCAGAUGAUUUUGAUGGUUCUGAAUUUUCCUGCCCAUUUAUCACGGAUGAUGAUGAUGUGACAGACUCAUACCGUAGACCUGAGUCUUAUGAUCAUAAAAGAUAUAGACAUGAGCCUGUUGAGCCAGGGGGAGUAUUGCGAGUCCCAAAGUCCCAAGGUGCUGAAGUUGGUGCUCUUGUACUGAUGUUGAAGACAGCUGCUCCUCUUUGCCAAGACUUGUCCAGUUCCACAAAUUUUUCACAAGCCCCCAGGUCUGAAACAUGGAACAACAGCAUCCAACCACCCGACCAGAUCUCUGAGGCACCAGCAGUUCAGGAUGCUACUUCUUCAAGGGUAGCGUCUUCUGGGCUUGUUUUCUCAAAGACAACAGCUGAUGCACUAGAGGAGCUCAAAGUUUACAAGGAUAUGAAAAAUGAUUUGAUCAAGCAAGGUCUUAGGUCCCAGACAUCGACUAAUUUGGCUUCAGCUGCAGAAGUUUCCAGCAGAGGUACGACCGGAUGAUGAGCUCAGAUUGCCAUUGAUCCAUUGCACAGAUGUACAGCAUUUUCACCUAAGGAUCGGUGGGUUCAUGCUAUAAAACUGGGAGUGCAUGUUCUUUUUCACCUAUAUCUUAUAUAUCCUCUUGUAUAUAUCGGUGAGCAAAUUUAUAACUUUACAUAAUCUAACAGAAAGGCUAUUGGUUUACUUAAAAAAUAUUUCUAUGUAUAAAAUACUCUUUCUUAUUGUUUAUAAUUGUAUAAAAAAUCCUGGGAAAGUUUGCAAUC